AUGUAUCUGUCUACACAGGAGUACAGUGACAUUAACAUUUCACCAAGCAUGUUUCCUGAACACGAUAACUUACACAAGUCCAGCCUGGACAUCAGAACCCCCUGGUACGAGGACAAGAAGGACCUGGCGAGCCUGGACCAAACCAAACUCUCUUGGCACUGGAACAAAAAGGAGCUGUCGAGCCUGGACCCAACCAAACCCUGCUGGUACUGGGACAAGAAAGACCUAGCCCACACCCCGUCUCAGGCAGAGGGACUAGACCCUGCCACCGAGGCCCGGUACCGGAGAGAAGGGGCUCGGUUUAUAUUUGACGUGGGCACGCGGCUGGGACUACACUAUGACACACUGGCAACUGGAAUCGUUUACUUCCACCGUUUCUACAUGUUCCAUUCUUUCAAGCAAUUCCCUAGAUAUGUUACAGGGGGAUGCUGCCUUUUCCUAGCAGGAAAAGUGGAGGAAACUCCCAAGAAGUGUAAAGACAUCAUUAAGACGGCACGCAGCCUGCUCACCGACAUCCAGUUUGCCCAGUUUGGAGAUGAUCCAAAGGAGGAGGUGAUGGUGCUGGAGCGCAUCCUCCUGCAGACCAUCAAGUUUGACCUGCAAGUCGAACAUCCCUACCAGUUCCUGCUGCACUAUGCCAAACAGCUAAAAGGGGACAAGAAUAAGGUACAGAAGCUUGUUCAGAUGGCCUGGACCUUUGUGAAUGACAGCCUUUGCACCAUGCUGGCUCUGCAGUGGGAACCAGAGAUCAUUGCUGUGGCCGUCAUGUAUUUGGCUGGACGCCUCUGUAAGUUCGACCUCCAGAACUGGACAUCUAAGCAAUCAUGCCGGCGCUGGUGGGAGCAGUUUGUCCAGGAUGUGCCUGUUGAGGUGCUGGAAGAUAUCUGCCACCAAAUCCUGGACCUGUAUUCCCAGGGAAAGCAGCAGAUACCCCAGGGAGUGUCAGGAAGCGGGGAGAAAACCACCUUAUCCUCUGUCACCUCUUCCCCUGCUCCUCCACCAGCCAAGAAAGCCUCCCCCCAGACCAGCCCGAGACUACCUCGACCAGCCCAGCCAUCUCCAACAGAUGAUAGCAAGGCCGCUGAGCUCCUGCAGCUAGAGCCUCCUCCUCCUCCUCCUCCUCUUCCUCCUCCAGCCUCCACACAUCCAAACCAAAACCCUUCCUCAUCGUACCCAUCAGCCCCAGACCUACCUUCUGAACCAUCAGACACUCCAUGCUUGCCCCACUGCCCACCUCCACCGCCUCCAUCGCUACCGCUGGACCUCCCCUCCUCCAGCUCCCUCUUGUCCAGUGAGGGCUAUCAGAAGCUCCAGUCCAUCAUGACAACAGAGGGCUCCUGUUACACGACCGUUCCCCAGGCCUGUGCACCACCACUGGGCUACCAUGGCCUCGCCUAUCCCCCAGGGGCCACAUCCUACCACCCUCCUCCGCUUCCUGCUUAUAACUACCCUCUGCCCCCUCCACCACCACCACCGUCAGCCAUGGGGAUAGCACCCAGUUUACCAGGUGCGUACCCACCACCACCCCCACCGGCAGGGCAGAGCCAGCUGCCUCCUCCACUGCCGCUUGGGAUGCCCCCUCUCAGUGGUAUGAGUCGGGGUGCCUGGAUGAGGUGAGGGCCAUCAGAAAUCAUAAGAUUUGUAUUAAAACACCAAAAUGGCUGUUGAGUUUGAUGUACUGAACAUUUUGACAUUUUCAGAGAAAGGGCAGCGUUUUACAUUUUCCAGUAGGAAUGUUCUCAAUUCUCUUGAAAUUGUUCAUCACAUGAUGAUCCAUCCAAGUCGUGAUGUUUUCCUCAGCACUAUUUUAGUACUAAGUGUAGAAAUACAAACACCAGAAAUGCUGGAAAUUGAAGAAAGAAAAAUGUCUGCCACUUUUGUGUUAGCUUCCAUAGACCUUUUUCACAACAGCUAUUGCGUCAUAAACAGCAGGUAAACACAGGUGUUAUUAAUGUCAUUAAGGUUCUGUUACAUGCAGGUCUGACAGAGCCAGGGACCUGCUAUCGUUCAUGUUGACUCACUGAGGGGCUCUUCAACACUUCAGUGAAACAGAACCUUAAUUAAUGUUAUUCGUAACCCUAACCCUAACCCUGUUAUUUCAUUUCAAAAUGGCUGCUGUGAAAAAGGUUUAUUCUGAACAACUUCAGGGCAUUAAAUUGUACUUGUAGACCCAAAUAUGAAGGAGUCAUGUACAGGGGAUUCAGAGAGUAUUCACCCCCCCUUCACUUUUUUCACUUUUGUUAUGUUGCAGCCUGAUGCUACAAUCUUUUAAAUUCAUUUUUUCUCUCAUUUAUCUACACUCAGUCCCCUAUAAUGACAAAGUGAAAACAGAAUUUUAGAAAUCUUUUCAAGGGAAAACUGAAACAUCACAUUGACAUAAAUAUUCAGACCCUUUGCAGCAACACUUGAAAUUUAGCUCGGGUGCCUCACGUUUCUCUUGAUGGUUGCUGAGAUGUUUC